AUGUCGACAUCUUCCUGCCGCUUGGACUGCGCGGCAACGGAUACUGCGAGGACGCGGUCGCGUACGCAAAGUACGCCCAUGAUCUUCUUCAACCACUACUGGGACGGAGUACCGGAGUCUCCACGCUGGCCGAAGGACAAACCGCUGUACUUGAUGCCCAACAUCGAGAUGAUCGAGCUCACGCCGUCUCACUAUUGGGGUGUUGGCGCCGUGCUGUGCAAGACCCACGUGUGCUACGACCGCGUGACGAGGUGGUACGCGGAGAACGGCAACCCGCGCAACGCCAAGGUCUGCUACACGAAGCACACAUCGUCGGACCAAGCGGAAUUCGCGAGACGGCGACUGGGCGACGACUCCAUCGCUCCGAAAGAAUUUCUCCGAUCGUCUAUAUCGGCGUUCAAUUAUCUGUUCCAUCCGUCCUAUAAGCGCAAACUUGAUCGCGCUCGCAGUCCCAUUCAUAUCGAACACGGUAUGCUGACGCCUCAAGACUUCAGCAAGCUGACUGCCGAGUCAGCAUUCUUCAUGUGCCCGAGUUGGAGCGAAGGAUAUGGCCACUAUAUCAACCAGGCGCGUGCAUCCGGCGGAGUUGUGAUCACCACUGACGCCCACCCCAUGAACGAGUUGAUCGUCUCGAAUGAAAUGGGCGUGCUCGUGCCGGCCAGAUACCAGCACGACCCGAAGAUGCUGCUCGGUGGCAAAUUUCGAGGCGAGCACGGGCUGAAAGACCCUGAUGACCUCCUUAUGAGGUAUAACUCUCGAGGGCUCUGCAAUGCCGUCCGCGAUUUCAUUUCAUCCACGACCCCUGAGCAGCGCGCAACCAUGGGCGCCCGAGCGCGCCAACAGUACCACGAGGACACAAAGUAUUUCGCCCGCUCCAUGCGUGAGUUGCGGGAGUUUGCCAGGACUUGA